AGGCCUACUUCCUUGUGACCAGUGUUAGUCAUUGUGUGAAGGUGGUACGAUUUGAAAAUAUAAGAAACACAGCAGAGAAACACACGACACAAAGGAGCCUUGCACAUCUUUGGUGUAUUCUUUAAAAAAACAGAUUUGCAUCCAAUGGCAGGUGAGGAAGCGAUGGGGAGGAAGGAUGCGAGCGCGGCCAAGCUACAGGUCGAUCAGUACCGCAAACAGAUCGGGAAGCAGGACUACAAGAAGACCAAAGGUUCCCUCAAAGCUACCAGACUGAAGGCAGAGGCCAAGAAGAGUGCUGCCGGUGUCCGGGACAUCAUCCUGACGGUGGUGGCCAUCCUGUUCUUCCUGCUCUGCGUCUAUGCAUUCUUCUAUCUCAACCUCAGGACAGAAUUGGACCUGGAUGUAGAUGUGGACUAAGCAGGAAAACGCUGAGCACGGUGCUCGAGGUGGUGAAGACCGGAUGUGCUGUGAAGAAAGAUUGUGCACAUCCCAGAUAAGGGGUCAGGGCAAAGGACUGACUCAGGUUUAAAAGUAAGGAGUCCGCACACUCGAAAUACUUUUUUGUUUUUUUUUUGCGUCUGAAGACGACCCCAAUGUCCGAAUCAAUGUUCUGCCAUGGGUUAAAACACAAAAUCGGAUUUCAGCUGUGCAGCUUCCUCAUUCGAAAACUUGAGGACUGUAUGUGUGUCACAUGCAACCAGCAGCCAGACAGCCGGACAGCUAGACAGACAGACUGUCAAGAGAGAGCAAAUCUGUGGACAACACCCUACAUGUGGGCGAUUUGCAUUCAAUGCCUUCCUGAUAUUCUACUGUAUGGCCUGGAUCCUCUUGUCUGUUACCUGUGGAAUGCGUUUGCAUACCCGACGAUCGCCUUGCAGCCUUUCCAAGCAGUCUUUGGAGAAAAGAGCACAUGAAUAAACAAAAAAAGACAAAAAAAAAAACUGCAAAAAGACUGCAGCCUCCUAAGGGCUCGUUUCAGUCAUGAAAGAGAGAUUUUGUGUUUGAAGAUGUGUGUACGCAAAAGAGAUUAAAUAUGUGGGUUAUCUUGCUGGGAAAUCUUCCAUGUCAUUCAAUUCCAUUAUUUCCUGAUGAAGAUUUAUACGUAUGGCUACUAAUUAUGAUCUGUAAUGUUUGAACUAAAUGUCAUUCUUAUGCUUUUAUUUGAACCUUUUUCAUAAAAUUGUUAUGAUUUUUCUAUCGCUGUGCUUUCUGUUUGUAACAUUCAAUGAUCUGAAAAAUUAUAUUGAAUUUAUGAGUUUUGAA